UUGACAUAGCUGGGCUGUGGGGAUGUGGAGGUCCCGCCGCGGAGCCGUCGGAUCGGCGCUGCUGGGGCUGCUGCUGGCACUCUUGAUGCCGGUCAGUGGCGCCGCGGAGACCAGUGCGGGGCUCGUGACUUGUGGAUCAGUGCUGAAGUUGUUCAACACGCAGCACAGGGUGCGCCUGCACUCGCAUGACAUCAAAUACGGAUCUGGCAGCGGCCAGCAGUCGGUGACAGGAGUGGACUCGUCUGACGACGCCAAUAGCUACUGGCGCAUCCGCGGUGGCUCAGAGGGCGGGUGUCCGCGCGGGUCCCCAGUGCGCUGCGGCCAGGCAGUGCGGCUGACACACGUGCUUACGGGCAAGAACCUACACACUCACCACUUUCCGUCGCCGCUGUCGAACAACCAGGAGGUGAGCGCCUUUGGAGAAGAUGGUGAGGGUGAUGACCUGGAUCUGUGGACGGUGCGCUGCUCAGGGCAGCACUGGGAGCGGGAAGCCACCGUGCGCUUCCAGCAUGUGGGCACCUCUGUGUUUCUGUCAGUCACCGGCGAGCAGUAUGGGAGCCCCAUCCGUGGGCAGCAUGAGGUACACGGCAUGCCCAGUUCCAACACACACAAUACGUGGAAGGCCAUGGAAGGCAUCUUCUUCAAACCCAGCGGGGAUCCCUUAGCUGGUCAUGAUGAACUUUGAGUGCUGUGGAUGGGUGGAUAAAGGCCAACAGAACAGGGUAUUUGCAGGGUUGUCCUUGGUGUUCUUGUAGGGGUUCUCAAGGGCCCUUGUGAUUAAAAGAUAUCGGUCUGUGAUUGUGUUUUGUUGUGAGCCUGGGGGGUAACCAGAAGGUAUAUGCCCCCCACCCCACCCCAGAUCCCGUUCACCACCUCUUUCUCGGUGUGAAAACUCUGUCUCAAGCACAGAUUGACAGCUGAACCCAUUCAAACUUUUUUGGUGCUCUUUGAUGCUGUUCAACAAAACACCCUCUUGUGCACCCUUAAAUGGCCUGAUGGCAAAUGAGCCCAGUUCCCCAACCCCUGAGCUCCAUGAACCUUCCUGUUAAGAACCUGGGCCGUGACCUCAGCUGUGAUGGGACACAAGCUUUCUGGCCCCUUUACCAUCUGAGGUGAGGCCCCUGUUCUCGUGGUACUCCUUCCCUAACAUUUACAGCAGUUUUUACACUGUCUUUGAUCAAGCACUAGGCCAGUACUCUGUCCAUCUGCUACACAGAUGGACAUCACAAGCUUCCCUCACUCACUGAGUGCCAGUCUGCCAGAGGUAUGGGCAUCUCAAGUGCCCAUUAUGGAUUUCCAAAGUCCCAAGGAAAUCUCCAGAUUUCAAAAAAUGUUGAAAGGGAAGGUAACUACAAAGAAUGACCUGGAGAUAACUGAAGCUUCUUUGGAUCUUUGGUAUAAAAGAUAUUUGGGGGGCCCUCUCUAGUGGCACAGCGGAUUAAAAUGCAGCACUGAACAGCUAGCUGCAGCUAUUUCAAGGCUGGUUCUAUCCCCAGCCAGGGAGGUGACCCAUAUGACACAACAGACCUCUCCUGUCUUGCC